CUACUAGAGUCGUCCGCGCGAACCACGUUCUCAAUGUACUCGAUGUGAUGAACCGUCCUAUUCAAGUGAAGCCGGCGGACAGUGAAAACCGCGGAGAGUGCAUGAUGGACGACGGGAGCACCAGUGCCAUCUUCUGGAAGUAGGAGGCACCGGUGGCGGCCGCUGAAGACAGAAAGCUGUUCGUGGGAAUGCUCAGCAAGCAACAGACCGAAGACGAUGUCAGACAGUUGUUCACUGCCUUUGGCACAAUAGAGGAGUGCACCAUCCUCCGAGGACCCGACGGCAGUAGCAGAGGCUGUGCGUUCGUGAAACUUUCAUCACAUCAAGAAGCGCUAGCGGCAAUCAAUUCCUUACACGGUAGCCAAACUAUGCCGGGUGCAUCAUCCAGCUUAGUGGUAAAAUUCGCAGAUACUGAGAAAGAAAGGCAAUUAAGACGCAUGCAGCAAAUGGCUGGAAACAUGAGCCUCCUCAGCCCUUUCGUCUUCAAUCAGUUCGGCGCUUACGGCGCUUAUGCUCAACAACAAGCGGCUCUGAUGGCUGCUGCAACGGCGCAAGGAACAUACAUCAACCCGAUGGCGGCGUUAGCUGGACAAUUGCCGCACGCGUUAAACGGCAUCCAGCCGACUUCCGGUUUGUUCGUAGGUAGCGGUACAGGGCAGUCGGUUAACGGGGCGAUACCGUCGUUACCGUCGCCAACGAUGCCCAAUUUCAACAUAGCUGGACAACCACCUAACAGUCAACCAGCAGGUUCGGAUCCAAGUGUCUACACCAACGGCAUACCGCAGACCUAUACGGGACAUGCCCUCCAUCUGUCCAUUCCAGCACAAGGGAUGCCCCCCAGUGCGGAACCGCCACUUCAGCAUGCCACCGCGUAUCCCGGAAUGCAACCAUACGCCAGUGUCGCUUAUCCCGCCGUCUACAGCCAGUUUCCUCAAGCUAUUCCACAGCCGAUGACUGCCGUGGCACCAACGCAAAGAGAAGGAUGCUCUCUCUCAGGACCCGAGGGCUGCAACCUGUUCAUCUAUCACCUGCCACAAGAGUUUGGAGACCCUGAGCUUAUGCAGACGUUCAUCCCUUUUGGCAACGUCAUAUCCUCGAAGGUUUUCAUCGACCGGGCCACCAACCAGAGUAAAUGCUUCGGUUUCGUGUCGUUCGACAAUCCAGCGAGUGCGCAGACUGCAAUCCAAGCGAUGAACGGCUUCCAGAUAGGGAUGAAACGUUUAAAAGUCCAGUUAAAGAGGCCCAAGGACGCAAGCCGGCCAUACUAACCAAAGUCCUAGCUUAGAGAAACUGGACGAUAUGCACCGUACAUCAUAACCUACAGAAUGUCGUACAAGAACCCGGGCUCAUAGAACGCUCGACGAUCAGAAGUGACGAGUUUGAAUCACCGUUACAACGCUCUCCACUAUAAUAAUCUAGUAUACUAGUUAGACAAUUAAUUAGAGGAUAAAAAUUAGAAGCCAGUAAAGCGACUUCGUCUGCAGUCACACGGCGAGAAUGAAGAGGCUGACGAUAAAAAUAUUGGAUGUCCAGCACUGAACUCAGUCCGAAAAUACCAAAUGCGCGUACGAUGCACGCUUCAACGUUCUCGAAUGUUCGGAUAGAACGAAUUCGAUACUAGAAACGCCGUCGGUUUCGUCAUCGAUAUAUCCGCCCCUUUAACCUAUUUUUUAUUUAACUUCGCGUUGUUCUUUCGUCCCUUUCCUUCAUUCUCGAAUCCCCCUACUGCCAAACGAGCACAGUACCAAAACGGAACACACCUGUUCGCCGUAGAUCCUAGUACGAUUUCUCAACAUCCGAACAUUCGGGAAGCCUAUAAUUCGGGGGUGAAGGGUCUCCCGAUCCGGGUUAUCAUUCCCAGGACACGUUAAUUCCUAGUUUUAAUAAUUACGAUAAAUGUUCGAGGACGGGUGACCUUCUUAACGAUAACACAAAGAGCGCUCUCAGUUCCUGAUGCAACGGCAUGGCGACUUUCGUCAACCGGCUGUCAAAGUGUUAACUAAUUACCGCGAUUCGGUCCACAGAGCGCGAGAGAUCAGGCGUAUUCGUCCAGGCAAUUGGUCGUGUUUCGAACUGUUCCGUUCAGCAAGCGAUCUUUCGCCAAUUUUAGUUUCGAGCGUAGAAAGAAGUCGUCAAACACAACGGGGACGUCUUAGCUUCGAAUGGACGAUGCGACCGUCUCGAAAUCGUCUCUGUGCUGAAGUGGGUCAUUGGGCAAUUCGCGGUUCCUCCUAACGCAAACUUGUCAAUCACGUAUACAGGGUGCUCGUCUUACGCAACAUUUAAAAAAGUUUAUAAAAACGAAACUACACGCGAACACGAACACGAACACGAACACGGACACGGACACGGACACGUUUACAUACAUGUGCACUCUUACGUACACUCAGAUACGUAUAUAGACGAGACAUACGUAGCUACACACGUAUGAAAACAUGGAAUCAAUGCCGACCCGACAUCCGUGGGUUAACGGUUCUUCUUGCUUAUGUGUAUACGUAUGUGUAUAUAUCUAAACAAAUAUGUAUACACACGUAUACAUAGUUUUUUUAUAUAUAUAACAUUUAAAGGGAUCGUCGACGCCGCGUCGAACCAUAGUCAUCCUAAAGUCCGGUUAUCCACGACGCGGCGCACGUUCUCCCUGUAUACUUAUUAUUAUCACCCUUAUUAUUAUCGUCAUUAUUAUUAUGAUCAUAACGAUUAAUUACGACUACCGUUAAGUGAAAAAGCGUGAACGAAUUUCCGGUCGAAAUUACGAUGUAUUGGUAUUCAAUAUCUAACGAGGGAUCGUUCGACCAGAUCGCUGCGUUUCGCGAUCGUGUACGAUCGAGAUCCUGUUCGACGGUCGAUUUCGUGGCACGAUAAUCCAUGAAAUCGUUCUCGUUUUAAUUCACCGGACACGCAUCGCCCGGGAAAUGUCAAUUAGGCUGUGAUUAUCCGAACAAAACGAACAAGAGUAGCAAGAAGGUGGCGGACGAUAUUGGUAAGAUUAAAUUCCUCUCGAACCAAAAUAAUCGGAAGAUUGUCUGAUCCGGCUGAAUUCCGCAGAACUUUUUUCUUCGCUUUAAUUUUAAUCACCUAGUCUACGUCUAGUCAUUUUUUUUCUUACGUUUUCUUUUUUAUAAGAUAUUUAUUUAUUGCGUGGAUACUUUCGUUGGAACGGUAUGUUCCAUCUACCUGAAGCGAUAUAAUAGUUUUCAACGAUUUCUUGAACGAUAGAAAAACUCCACGGUGCGAGUUGUUCGCGACAUAUUUAUUUUCUAGACGCCAGAAACGAGAUCGCAAUUUUAUUAACGACAGAACGACGAAUAGAUUCUGCGUCGGGCUAAGUUGCAUUUAGAAAUCAUGAUCGUUCUAUUAUUCUCUGCACGUACGUUUGGAAUAUACCUGAAAUUACGAUUUACGACUGUAAGAAUUACGAUCUAGUCCCCAGACACUCAGUACCUUACGUUGUCUUUAGAGUUGUUGUUCCUUGUUUUCUUUAAAUCUUUCUUUUUUUUAUUAGCGUUGCUUGUUGUUGCAAAUGAUUUCUGAGACGGUCAGAGUGCCAGGUUUCGUACAGAACAGACCGAACAGAUGCACGGUAACACAACACAUUGGCACGAAAUAAUAGAAUCCGUGCCCGACGUUAUCACGAUUAUAAGUGAACGGAGGCACAGAGGUACUUACUCUCGCGUGAUUAUCGAGUAUCAUUUCUGUACACGAUAAAUGAAACAUUCGGACAUUUAACGAGCGGUGCCCGGUCGAAUCGCGCGGCCAGUCGCGAGUUUCGAUUUGUGUGAACGAUCGCGGACAGAAGUCAGGCGAUAGUUGGCGAAGACAGAGAGAGAGCGGGGAAAACGGGGGAUGAAAAAACGGGGUUAUUAAAACGAAACCAAACGCAUUAAGUACGGUAGAGGAACUAGCGUAGGUGAGCGGUGGAACGGAGAGGAGAACUCUGAUCUAGCAGAAAUAAUCAACCAA